AUGACAGUAAGUACCGAAUUUUCACGGAUCGUAUUGCUUUUACAGUUAAAUAAUAUAACUAUUGUUGUAAUAGCCGUGAUUUCUGUAUCCGAACGUGACGGGUACGUUGUUCGGCUUUGGGAAAUUCAGACUGGAUUUAUGCUUUGGGAAAAAAAAAUAAAACCUGCCGAAAUUGGUCGUACAAAUUCGAGGGGCGACGAAAUUUAUGCACAGAAGGUAGAUGUUGUGUUUACUAUGAACAACAUGGGCGUAGUUGUACUUGUAGGUGGAUAUACUAUUGUAAACUUUGAUUAUACUGAUGGUAGACAGAUCUGGAGAUCGGAUCUAGCAGAAAGUCCUACACUUUUUCAUAAGCUCGUCGGAUAUAAUCAAAAUUUAUAUGCUGUUGGACUCAAAAAGUCUCCCAAGUCUUAUUCCAUCGAAGUAUUAACUUUCGAUGUUCAGACUGGGGUUUUGAAAUCGACAUCUCUUUCCUCACAAAUUGGCCAUAUUAAAGAUACGAUCGUAGUAGGUGGAAGAUCAACCUCUGGAUUCAUUGUUUGGAAAGAGGGUCAAUAUAUACGUGUCAAUCGUUUGGGUAGUGACUCUAUUGAACAAUCUUCGCUAGAGUCACUUUACCGCAACGUUAUACCAUCAUUUUCUGGUGUUGUUGGAAACCUUGAAUUUGUUAAUCUUAACAUAGAUUCGAAAACAGAAUUUCUUAUUCAAGCGCUUACAACGAAUGGCAAUUCUGCUGCUGUGUUUAAGGUAGACUUGGAAAGUGGCCGGCUAAUAGCGCUCUAUGAUUUAGGAGAGAGGGCUAAUACUUCAGUUUAUUCUGGUGCCCUUGAUAAAAGCGAACGAUUAAUUGUAUCUAGAAUUGCAACAGUAUCCAAGGAUCUCGUUAAAGUUGAAAUUUUUGCACCUGCUCAUCGCUUAGCAUUAGGAAGUCAUGAAAUUUCUUAUUCCAUGGCCACUUCUGGAGGCAUAACGAAAUCACUACUCGAUGUUACUACAAAAAAAAAUAGUGAAACUACAGCUGUGGCUUAUCGCAUGCUCGUAACUUCUGAUGAUGGUUCUGUUCAUUUUUUUAAAGAAGAUAGCAUUGCUUGGAAUAAGGAAGAAUCUCUCUCACACGCCAUAGAAGUAGAGUUUCUCGAUCUACCAGAGAAAAA